ACCUCAAAGUCUCAAACUGUGGGUUACAAAUUCAGGACUCAAGUUCAAUAGAUUAAGUCGAGCCACCGUCCACUUUUUCUUAUUUUCAGCAAAGAUGACAGUCUGCUCUACCUUUUUCCCUCAAAUUCCUGCCUCUUUCAUAGCAAAGACCCGUUUCUUCUUUUCCCACAAAAUCACUGCUUUCUCUUCUCAGGCUUCCAAUGCUUCAGCCAAAGCUGAUGAAUUGUCAGGCGGAUUGGCAUUCUUGGACCUGGAGUCAUGGGUUCACCAAUGGCACAAAAUCUCAUAAAAGCUGGAUCUGAUGUGACUGUAUGGAAUAGGACCAAGAGCAAAUGCGAUUCUCUCAUCAAUUUGGGUGCAAAAUAUAAACCCUCUCCUGAGGAAGUUGCUUCAUCCUGUGAUGUCACGUUUGCCAUGCUUGCUGAUCCUGAAAGUGCAAUUGAUGUUGCUUGCGGGAAGCAUGGAGCUGCAAGUGGGAUGAGCCCAGGAAAAGGUUAUGUGGAUGUUUCAACAGUUGAUGGUUCCACGUUUAGAUUGAUCAAUGGACAUAAAUAUGCAACUGGGACAUUAUUUCUAGAGGCUCCAGUUACAGGCUCCGAAAAGUCUGCAAAGAUGGGCAGCUGAUGUUUCUUACUGCAGGUGACAAAUCUCUAUAUGAUACAGUUUCUCCACUCUUCGACAUCAUGGGUAAGGUAUUUUGGCUUAUUAGAUGUAUACAUCCACAAUCUUAGUCAUCUGAUUGCAUUGCCAUUUAUUUCAUAAAUUUAUUUCAUUCACGAUAGAGAAUUAACGAUUCAAAUUAACCAUGACUUUUACAACUUACAUCAAUACUUGAGCAUGCGAAAGAGAACUAUCUAAAGAAUAUAUUCAACAGAUUAUAUGUUAAUAGUAUUAGCUCCUCUUUCCAUUGUAAAUAUAUUUCAAUAUUUUUU